UGAGCUAUUGCUUUCCAAGGUUACUGUACAUCCAGCAGACUUCACUUCACAAAUCAUGGAGGCAGAACAAGUUAUGGAGGGGCAGCCACAGGUUCCAGAAAAUCCACAUUCUGAAUAUGGCCUCACAGAAAAUGUAGAGAGGAUAGUAGAAAAUGAGAAAAUAAAUGCAGAGAAAACAUCGAAGCAGAAGGUGGAUCUUCAGUCAUUACCCACACGUGCCUACUUGGAUCAAACAGUGGUACCUAUCUUGCUACAGGGACUUGCUGUUCUUGCAAAAGAGAGACCUCCAAAUCCCAUUGAAUUUCUAGCAGCAUAUCUUUUAAAAAACAAGUCACAAUUUGAGGACCGAAAUUAGCGCCAUAAAAAUGAGGACAGUUGGGCUGCUAGACUGAAAUGCUCAUUUGCCGCAACUUGUUUUCUGCUAUGAAAACCCUUUGGAUCCAUGAUGUCUUUCUUAAUUGCAUAACUUGCUUUACCUUUUGAGUUAUUUAAUAAAGGACAUUUUACAUUUAAGUUGUUCACUUGUUUUAAACUAGUUAAGAGUCUUUCAAAAUAAAAGACUGGA